AAUACAUAUUCCCUUUUGUAACAUUAUAUACAUACCAAGAAUGAAAGCAUUCGUAUUGUUAUUAUUAUUUAUAUCAAGAAUUUUAUUGGUACAUUCAUUACCAGUAUUUUCUUCAUCUUCAAUAAUAGCCAUCACUACAGAAUCAGUUCAAAAUAGCUCACCAGAUAAAGAUAUGACAUCAGUAGACAAGACACAAACGUCACUUCCAACAAACAGCAGUAAUAGCUGUCCUGAUACAGACUUCAGUAUACCAGUUGAAAGAUUUGCACAGCUCGUAUCCACACAUUGGCAGUUUGAUCAUUUGGACUCAAUAAAAUCUGGCACAUACAGGAUCAUUUCAGAAGAAUUUCAAAAACACAUUAGAAUUUCUAUAGAAGAAAUAAAGAAUCCUUCAGAAGAACAACAGCAAAGGGCAAGCAAUAUAAGACAAAAGUCGUUUGGAAUGAUGGCGGCAUCUGCUUGGGAUAUGAUGGAUCUAGAGAUACUUCAUGCACAAAUCUUCGGGGCUAUUCAAGCACAUACAGAAGGAAGCCUGCACAUUGCAUGGGAUAGAUUAGCAGAUAAACUUGGACAGCCUGCAUUCGACAGCUUUAUUCGAGAUGCUUCAUUAAGACAUUGCUCUUCAGAAGAUGGUGAUGGUUUAUUAAGUUCAAAUUGUUUGAAAGACAACGCUUCUCAGUUAUCUCGCGAAUUAGACGAUUAUAUUUAUCAGAAUUUAAUGCAAUUUUUUACAGCUCUAGAUCAAGAUGUUCUACCAAAGAUGCUAGCAAAUACAUCAAAAGAUUUAUCGGACGUUUUGAAUUAUUUUAACCGAUUAUUCUCCAGCGGGGAUCGCCAACAACUGUAUCUCCAUGUCACACCAUGGAUGCAAGAAGUUGAUUAUCUAAAGUCAAAAUUGCUACCAUUGCUAGACAAGUCUACAUUGAUUGACGAUCAUCUCUUUGAGUUUUUUUCUAGCUAUGCUUGUUUAUCCAGGGCUUAGUUUUAUUUUUAGAAUUAAAGUACUUUUUAUACACAUUAUACCAUAUUUAACUAAGCCAAAGCCUGAUUGAAAUGUAUUAAAAGAAGCUGCAAAACGAAUAAAUAAAUAAUGAUAGCCUAUAUAUCACUUUCUCUUCUUUAUGUACACAAAGCCCCUUUCCUAUGUACCAAAAGGAUGCUCCUACUAGCCAAAUAAUAAUAAUAAUAAAAAUGCC